GGGCAGAGGGCAGAUGAGACCAUGUGUCAGCUGAAGCACUGGUUCAGCAUGUUGCUACAGGAGUAUAAGGUCAUGAAGGGGCCAGGUCCAACGACACUGACACCUCAAAAAACAGGGAGGGCAGAGAGGGAGAGACACAGAGAGAGAGAGAGAGAGAAGAAGAAGAAGAGAACAUAAGCUGCUCUCAGAGAGCAGAAGAAGAACGGAGAAACAAAAACUUACAUUCAGAUCAAAUAGAAAACAGACAGAAAUAAAAAAAAAAUGAUUGAAUCCUUGAGCUGUGGCAUGUCUGCGGCGUGUCUCGACCAGACCAAACAGAAAAAGUCCAAGUGUUUGGAAGACUUGCUGCCUGUCCUGCACUGGCUCCGAGACAACUCUGGGAAGAACCUGGCAAUGCCAGAGCGAGUGUGUUCGUUCCAGGGACAGAACUACCACAAGCUGAAGCGUGCGUGCCUGCGUCGGGGAGCGCAUUUCCAGGACCCCUUCUUCCCCCCCACAGCCCAGUCCCUUUUCUACAAACGCACCCCUCCACCAGGGAUCACAUGGAAGAGACCUCGGGAGCUCUGUAAAGACCCCCGUCUCUUUGUGGAUGGCAUCAGCACACGGGACCUACACCAGGGCAGUCUGGGGAACUGCUGGUUGGUGGCAGCCACCUCCUGCCUGGCCUCAGAACCCUCACUCUGGAAGAAGGUGAUUCCAGAUCACACAGAGCAGGAGUGGAACUCAAAGAGGCCUGACCUUUAUGCUGGAAUCUUCCAUUUCCGCUUCUGGCGCCUGGGCCGCUGGACAGACGUCGUCAUCGACGACCGUCUCCCGGUCAGUGAGGAUGGAACGUUGCUUUUCUGUCGCUCAGCAACACCACGCGAGUUCUGGAGCGCUCUUUUGGAAAAGGCCUAUGCCAAGCUGAAUGGCUGCUAUGAGGCUCUGGAGGGUGGUAACACCGCGGAGGCUCUGGUGGAUUUUACGGGGGGUGUUUCUGAGCCCCUCAGUCUGGACCGCUCGGCUCUGAUCCAGUACCCUGAGCAGAGGAAGGCCCUGUUCCAGACCCUCUCCAAAGCCCACAGCCGCCAGGCUCUCGUCACCUGCUCCAUACGGCCCGAGGACGGCGAGCGAGUGGAGUCGGUGAUGGAGUGCGGGCUGGUGAAGGGCCACGCCUACGGGGUGACGGCCAUCAGGAGGGUCCGGCCAGGGCCGUUCCUGCUGGGCAGCUGCGGAGAGGCGAGCCGCGUGUGCAUGGUGCGCCUGAGGAACCCCUGGGGAACGGCCGACUGGACCGGCGCCUGGAGCCAGGGGUCUCAGGAAUGGCGACAGCUGAGCCGCAAAGAAAGAGAGAAGAUGGGGCUUGUAGUGCGGGAUGUGGGUGAAUUCUGGAUGGAGUUUGAGGACUUCUGCCGCUACUUCACGGACAUGGUGGUGUGUCGGCUGGUGGAGAGGUCGCUGCUGUGGCCCAGGAGCCACUGGAGGGAGGUGCGAUGCCAAGGGGAGUGGGCACCAGCUCCUGGAGCCCUGCCAAAACCACCAGUGUUCCUCCUACCCACGGGCAAGACUGGCACCACAGCCUCUCGCCCCCCCAGGCCCGGCGGGUACGCCCAGAGAGGGGACCGCAAAGAGGCUCGCCUGGGUGAGAGGAAGCAGGAGCGCCCCGCGGGCAGACCGAGGGAGAGAGACAGAGAGAAGGAGAGGCGCCGGCCGGCGAGGAGAGAGGAGGGGGGCGCUGCCAAAAAGCGGGUGGAGGCCGAGGCCGUGGACAGGAGCUGGGUGGAGCAGCUGGACAAGAGAAGCAGAUGCGGGGGCUGCAUCAACAACAGGGACACAUUCCUGCACAACCCCCAGUUUAUGUUUGAGGUACCGGGCAAAGAGGAGGAGGUGCUGAUCUGUCUUCAGCAGGAGGAUCGAAGGAUGAAGAGGAGAGAGGGUGAAGGAGAGAACCUCCCCAUUGGGUUUGAAGUACUGAGGGUGGAGGUGAACCGCGUGUGCCGGGUGCAGUGUGUGGAGGAGCAGGCCGCCAGCUCCGUGUACAUGGACUCCCGCAGCGUGGCCCUCCGAGUGACCCUCGCCCCCGGACGCUACGCCCUCCUGCCCACCACCUUCCAGCCAGGGGCCACCGGCAGGUUCCUGCUCCGUCUCUUCUCUCACACACACGUCCAGCUCAGGGAGCUGAGAGAGGAGCUGCCUCCCCCCUCCCUGUGGCAGUGCUGUUUGCCUAAGCCGUGUCUGGUCACCACGGUGCUCCUGCAUCGUGCCUCGGGCCUCUGUCAGCCUAAACAGACAGCUCCAGAUGUGUAUGCUAUCAUUCGUUGUGAGGAGGACACAAUUAAGACAGGUGUGUUCAGGAUGGAUGGGACGCCUGAGUUCAACACUAAAGCCAUUUUCUACAGGAGACGACCUAAGGCGCCGAUAUAUAUAGAGCUUUGGAACCACGGCUUGGUUUGGGACACAUUGUUGGGUGGAUGUCGACUUCAGAGUGAAGACAGUGAAAAAGGGCGGAGCAGAACGAUUGAACUUCAGGGCAACCAAUCGUGCCUCGGAUCCCGGGGUUGUGUCUAUGUGGAAACUUCCUCCAGCUACUGCCUGACGGACCUGUGAUUCCACAGCUGCUCUUUGUUGUACCAAUUACACUGCCACGGCAACAAUCCAUUGUGACCUCAUUAAGUUACCAAAGUGGAUGUAUCCAAACACCAAGUAAUUCAUUUGACAGUAACAGUGUUUCAUACAGUAUUUACGCUGUAUAUCUGCCUCAGUAUGCAGAUAUGGACACUGUAACAAAAGAAAGACGUGUUAGUGUUUUGACUUAUAUUUUCUCUGCUGGCCAGAGUAAAGCACUAGAUAUUCCUAUUGCUACGGUGUUGAUAUCGGGUCCCACUGCAAUAACUUUCGGUACUGAACAUAGGCCAAGUUUAUGUUGAGUUUUGUUUUAAAUUUGAAUAUGUUUUUAGCCAUUUAUCUCAAUAAACCCAUUGCUUAAGUGGAGUAAAAAUGUCUUAAUAAAGUUUUUGAG